AUGGCUCGCCGCGGGGAUACGCGCUCACCAUCACCUGUAGGCAGCUCAUACUCUUCAUCCAAACGAAGUCGCAGAGAUGAGGAUCGAUUCGACAGAGAUGGUCGGGACGAGGGAAGGUCGCAUCGUCGAUCACGCAGUCCUGAUAGGCGAUAUCGAGAUCGGGAUGGCUACCGGCGGCGAGAGCGGGAUCGAUCGGUAGACAGACGCGAUCGCGAUGGUUAUCGCGACGAACACAAUUACAGACCGUCAAAACGAGACCGGUCGCGCGAACGCCGGCGCUCGCUAGACCGACGCUCUGAUCGAGACCAUCGGCGGAGGAGUAGGGAGCGAGACAGAAGUCGUGAUAGGGACAAUCGGAGUAGGCGAGAUGACUCCCGCGACCGAGUCCGAAGGCACAGAGACGAUUCUACUGACUCGAGGAAAAAAGCCAGAAGAGACAGCAGAGACAGGUUGCUGAACCGAGACUCUGCUGCUGCAUCGCGAGAGGCCUCGAAAGCCCCGACUCCAGCCCCGGCUGCUCAGACAGACGAAGAGAAGAAAGCCGAGCGGCUCGCAAAAUUGGAAGCGUGGAAGCAAAAACAAGCAGCUGAACGCGAACGAAAGCAGCGCGAGAUCGCUGCUGCCGGCGGUCCCCGCAAUAUCUUGACUGAAAUCGACAAGAAAUCGGGACUUGCUCCAUUAUCCCCUGCCCCUACUUCUCCUAGUACACCAACCUCAACAACCGCCCCCUCCGAAUAUGGUGGUAAAUUCGAUUUUAAGGCGAUUGCAAAGAAAGCCAGUGGUGUUGGAUCAGAGUCAUCUCUUUUGGGCAAGGACGUUAUUGUACCUGAUUCUAUUAGAGCUGACAGCGUAGUCAAGGCUAACAAAGUUCAAGUUGCCACGAGCAAAGUUUCUGGUGAGUUUUUCCUCAACGAGAGGCCAUUUGACGACACGAAAGCUAAUGGCGCAUGCUCAGCUGCCCCUUUGAAGGCGAGCGGGAAUGUUGGAAAAUUCGGGCUAGGAAACAAACUCGCCACCGAAACCGAGAAGUCUUCCACCACAAAACGAACCUUGGACUUUGGCGAAGAAGAAUCCAAACGUAAAAAGCUCGAGAAAUUACCUAGUCCCCCACCCGAAGAUGUAGAAGACGAUACCAAGGCUGUCGUGGCCGAAGACGACGAUUCUGAUGUUGACAUGGAAAACGGGACAGAAGAAGAAAACGCAGCAGCAGCCCGAGCAGCCGCAGAGAAGCGAGAGGAGCGCCUACAAGGGCAACAGGUGGAGCCUAAUGGCGAUAUAGCAAUGGGCGAUGCAGUUAUAACCAACGGCGAAGCCACUGCAGAGGCCGAAGAAGAGGAAAUCGAUCCUCUGGAUGCCUUUAUGUCUGGUUUGACAGAAAAACCUUCUUUCAAGAAGUCUAAUAUCAUCAAGUCGGCUAAAAGCAAGCAGCAUCAACCACAGGCUAUGUUUGGCGAUGAAGAUGAUGUCGACAUGUCAGCUGUCGCUCAUGGUGACACUGAUGACUUCCUUGCCAUAGCCGCCAACAAAGCUAAAAAGAAAAAGGACAUUCCUACGGUUGAUCAUGCAAAGGCGGAGUAUGAGCCCUUUCGGAAAAGCUUCUACACUGAGCCUCUUGAUUUGGCCCAGAUGACAGAGGAGGAGGUAGCUAGCCUCCGACUCGAACUAGACGGCAUCAAAGUCCGUGGAAUCGAUCCCCCAAAGCCAAUCCUGAAGUGGUCUCAAUGUGGUCUCGGGGUGCAGACACUAGAUGUCAUCAGUAAGCUUGGUUAUGAGAACCCAACAUCCAUUCAAAGCCAGGCCCUUCCUGCAAUCAUGUCUGGAAGGGACGUCAUUGGUGUCGCUAAAACAGGUUCUGGAAAAACAGUCUCUUUCCUUCUCCCUAUGUUCCGUCACAUCAAAGAUCAACGUCCUUUAGACAAUAUGGAGGGCCCGAUCAGUCUUAUCAUGACACCGACAAGAGAAUUGGCAACGCAAAUUCAUAAAGAUUGCAAGCCUUUCUUGAAGGCGCUAAAUCUUCGUGCUGUAUGUGCUUACGGUGGUGCACCGAUCAAAGACCAGAUUGCGGAAUUGAAACGAGGAGCCGAAAUUGUUGUCUGCACUCCUGGUAGAAUGAUUGAUCUCCUAGCUGCUAACGCCGGUCGAGUUACGAAUUUGCGACGAGUUACCUACGUUGUGCUUGAUGAAGCCGAUCGAAUGUUCGAUAUGGGAUUCGAGCCACAGGUGAUGAAGAUCAUGGCGAAUAUUCGGCCCAACAAGCAAACAGUGCUUUUUUCCGCUACUUUCCCACGCAAUAUGGAAGCACUUGCACGAAAAGCAUUGAUCAAGCCUGUAGAGAUCAUUGUCGGGGGCAGAAGCGUAGUUGCGCCAGAGAUCACACAGAUCGUUGAGGUUCGGAAUGAAAAUACCAAGUUCUUGCGCCUCCUAGAACUACUUGGCAACCUUUAUUCCGACGAAGCGAACGAAGAUGCCCGAACACUAAUCUUCGUUGACCGCCAAGAAGCCGCUGAUAAUUUACUACACCAGAUUGAUCGAGACUCUACCAUUGAGGACUUUAAGGCGGGUAUAUUCCCGGUUUUGAUCGCGACAUCUGUUGCUGCUCGUGGCCUGGAUGUGAAACAGUUGAAGCUGGUUGUGAAUUACGACGCACCGAAUCACUUGGAAGAUUAUGUUCACCGAGCCGGGCGAACAGGCCGUGCUGGAAAUACCGGAACUGCAGUUACCUUCUUAACCGAAGAUCAAGAAAGAUAUUCGGUCGAUAUUGCAAAGGCACUCAAACAAAGCGGCCAAGAAGUCCCAGAGCCAGUCCAGAAAUUGGUUGACACAUUUCUUGACAAAGUCAAGGCCGGUAAAGAGAAAGCUUCAGCAUCUGGCUUCGGAGGCAAGGGAUUGGAACGCUUGGACCAGGAAAGAGAUGCAGCCAGGAAUCGUGAACGCAAGACAUAUCGAACCGGUGAUGACGGUGAAGAAGAAGAACGGGACGACGCGAAAGAGAAGAAGGGCGAAGAAAUAUUUGCCAAGGCUGCCUCCGCUAUUCAGUCCGCCUCUGCACCUACACCAGGUAUACCCAAGGGUAUUGAUCUGGACGGCAAGAUCACGGUUCAUAAAACGGAGAAGCCAGCCGCCGGAAAAUCAAAUGAUCCUUUGGAUAAGGUUGGUUCGGCUGUUGCAGACAUUCAUGCACGACUCAACCGCGCCGGAGUAAUGAGAAGCGGCGUUCCGAUUGAUAACAAGGGUCCCGAUGCAGGAGCAUUCCACGCGACUCUUGAAAUAAACGACUUUCCCCAAAAAGCACGUUGGGCUGUCACCAAUCGUACCAAUGUCGCCAAAAUUCUCGAAGCGACAGGCACCUCAAUCACAACCAAAGGCAACUAUUAUCCAACGGGCAAAGAACCCGGUCCUAGCGAUAUUCCGAAGUUGUACAUCCUUGUCGAGGGCGACACAGAGCUGGUUGUUACGAAUGCUAUGCGAGAAUUGAUGCGGUUGCUCAAAGAUGCUACAAUCGCGGCGGCGGAUAGAUCAGGGGUCACCCCGCCUCAGACUAUGCAACAGCACAUUAGUGCUUGGGGAAGUCUCAACGCGCAAUGUCCUGAAUUCGAAGAAUCUUCAGUACGAAGGUCCUGGGGUGCGUUUGCCAUUGCCGCUCAAAGCACAAUCCGUAAGCUUCUUGAUGUCUAUUUUGAGAUUGUUUAUCCUAUAUUUCCAUUAUUUCAUCGACCUUCAUUUGAGGAGAAGUUGAAUCAAAAUGAACACCUGAAAGACACUGGCCUUUUUGCGUCCACAAUGGCAGCAUGUGCGCUUGCAUCAGCCAGGGUUCGCGACGGGGCUCUUUUUUCCGCUCGUUGGCAGUCGACUGAUCUCUCCCAACCGCCAUCUGAGAUGUUCUUCAACGCCGCAAAAGAUCUCAUUCCAAAGGAUUUGGGCAAUGCAAACCGCACAAGCUUUAUGAGAGCGUGCGCUCUCUUAGCCAUCACAAGCAUUCAGAAUGGCCAGAUCCGGAGUAUGCAGCAAUAUAUAGGAUAUUAUCACACUUUGAUGGCUAUGGAUGGUCGGCAUGAUGAAAAGCUAUGGCCGAAAGAUUUGAAUCCUAUAGAGAAAGAAGAACGACGCCGACUGUUUUGGUCUAUCUACACCCUUGAUGUCUAUUCUUCCAUAGUCUGGGGCGGAAUCAUCCGGCAUCGCGAGGCCCAAUGCAUGGUUCAUUACCCGACAGAGCUAGAUGAUGAGCACGUUACGGCUACGGGAUACGAUAUGUCGAGCAAUUCAGCAGUCAAUUGGCUUCAGGGAUGGAACUUUACUACGGAUCUGUAUCGAAUCCUAGAGCAUGCGGUGGAUGCAGUUCGUGGCCGAUCCUCUCUCAGUACUGGAAUUGUCCAAUCUCUAUGCGGAGUCAAUCCAAGGCCGACAGAAGCGACUGUUAUGAAGGGCGUUCUUGACACAUACUUGUCAUUGCCGCCGCAAUUUCAUGAGUGCAGAGAAAUUACAGGAGAAGCUGAUAAGGACCUUUUUGGCUUUCAGUCAGCCAACAUUCAAGCUACUCUUCAGCUACUUCGGACAGUCUUACUAUCAGCCGAAGACGAUGUCAGCGUCUCACGGAAAUGUGAUGUUGCAGGAGAGCUCCUUCGCGUCUUUUCUAUCGUACCUGUUGAAUAUCUCCGAGCAAUUAGUUCGCCCCUGCUCCAUCAUUUGGCAGGCAUUGGCAAUAUCCUUGGGUCGGUCAUUGAGGGAAGUCUAUCAGAGUCUUCUUAUCAGAGAAUAAGAAAGCUCUUAUUGGAUUUGGCAGAUUUGCUCCAUCGUCUGGAAUCAAGGCUUUAUCGAGCCGCUGGUGCUAGCGAACGACUACGUAUGCAAGUGGAUAAAAUUGACGAGUACAUGCGCAACCAACGCGCAAACGAUCGACAGAGCCGUCAGAAUACACACAAUAUUCUAAUUCAAUCGAAUAUUGGUGGACCCCAGGAGCAUGCACCUUUGAAUAUCAGUAACGUCAACGAAGAUUCUUUGCUCUAUCAUGAAGGUACUAAUCCUGGCGAUGCGGAACUUUCACCUUUCCAGCUCCCUCCCGAGUUACUUAUGGAUUGGCCAUGGCCAUUCGAUUUCAGUGGCGCAGAUAGUCUGUUCACAAUUCCUGCUGCGGAAUGA